CAGGCCGCAACCCGCAACCGUGGCACCCUGCGCGCCUCGAACAAUCUCGUUUCGUACUCCCGUUUCGUUUCUCCCCCUCGCUCCCCAGCCGCAUCUCGAGCGCGCUCUCGGCGGCCGUCCACGUCUCGGUCCCACGCGCUGCUCGCUUGCUCGCCGGCGGGGCGCGAGGGCGGUGGCCUAGGUCGUACCCAGCGAAGCGCGGCGUGCCACGAGGUGGGGGUUGGCUCGGGACCAUCGAGCCUGUCCGGAAUUUUUUCUGGCGCGUGAUUUGCCGCUGAGAAAGCAUCGGAAAAGGGAACGGGGAUUUACUCUCAGUAGCCGCGAGCUACCCGCCGUCCCCUGGUCGAUUCAGUGCAAAUCCUCCAGGUUUCUGGGUCUUAAUGGCUUCCUCAGAUAUCUCUGUUGAUAUUCGUCCUGACAUAAACUCAUUUGAUCAUUUUUUAAGCAUGCGAUACAUUGCAACAGAUAGACCCUGGCUGAAAUUAUAUGGAAUAAGAGUUCAGCCUGUGCCACCAUUCAGCAGUUUGAGCUACAAACCUGAUCCAGCGCUCAUUCAUCAUUGCCUACCUGAUGAACUAAUGCUCGAGAUUUUUACAAGAAUGAGCCCAUAUACUUUAGGGAGGGCUGCAUGUGUCUGCCGCAAGUGGAAAUAUACUGCACGCAAUCCUACUUUGUGGCGUGCUGCAUGCUUGAAAACUUGGCAGAGGAGUGGAAUGGAGGCAAACUACAUGAUGGUUCGGUCGUUGUAUGAUUCCUCUUGGAGGAGAAUGUGGCUACAGAGACCAAGAAUCCGAAUUGAUGGUCUCUAUGUGAGCAGGAACACAUACAUUCAUACUGGAGUUACAGAAUGGCAAUUCAAGAAAACUGUCAAUGUGGUUUGCUACUACCGUUACUUAAGAUUUUUCCCGAGCGGGAAGUUUCUCUAUAAGAUCUCUCCAGAUAAAGUUAAAGACGCUGUUAAGUGCAUGCAUUUCCGGGCAUCAAAGGCUGAUUGUGUAUUUAAAGGUGACUACGUGCUGUCAGAGGAUGGCCAGAUAGAAAUGGCUCUCCUGUACCCAGGGCAUCGGUACACGCUUGUCAGGAUGCACCUUAGGCUUAGGGGCACCACAGUUGGUGCAAAUAACAGGUUGGAUGUACUGAAGAUUCUAACCACCGGAGUGAAUGCAACUGAGCUGCAAAACUGGAAAGGAAGCAUACUAGAACUCGUUGAGGGCUGGGAGGAGGAUGAGACGCAUGACCCGGAUGUGCCUGCCGUUUCCCACAGCAGGGGUUUGUCACCCUUUGUGUUUGUUCCGUUUGAGGAGGCUGAUACUUCGGUGUUAAACCUCCCCGUGGAGAAGAUGGACUACUACGUCCCUGGGUGAGCUCUUCAUGACGACGAUGGCCAUUGGAGAAUGAGAUGAUGGGUGGUCAUGUUACAGGUUAAAAUGAUGAUGGCCAACGAUCUCCUUCCCUCUCAGAUCCCUUGCUAGAGCAAAUGUGUAAAUACAGUGUUGUUUUGUUUACACUUUUCGGUUGGUCGCAUGCUGUUGUAUGACAUUAUGUUUGUUGAUACCUGGAAACAGGUUUUAUUAUUGUUGGUGCUUGAAAAUGGUGUGGGAGGAAACUCACUAUCAAAAAAAGUAGAGCUACCCUCCUGAAGUAAUGUGGGUCUGUAUUAUUAUAGAAACAAGCAGUCUAUCGUUGCGAACUUUUUAGUCUGUAUGUAUUUUCGUAUUGUACAGU